CUUCCCCCCAAUAAAUACAUGACAUCCCUAUAACUAAACAAUAUAACAUAUAGUUCCAAAAAAAAUAAGACAAAAAAAAAAGUAUAGAAGCCAUGGAGAAUGCAAAUGGGGAACCAAGCAACAACAAUAAUAAUGAUGAAAGAUUAGCUAUAAUGGAAUUAGCUAACAUGAUAAGUGUACCUAUGUCCCUUAAUGCUGUUGUUAAACUUAAGGUAGCUGAUGCUAUUUGGGGAAAUGGAUCAAAUGCUCCACUCUCUCCUAUUGAAAUUCUGGCUAAAAUCCGCGGCCCUCGGGGCGGCGGGGAUGCUGAGAACCUUCAACGAAUUCUACGUAUGCUCACGAGCUACGGUGUGUUCAAGGAACAUGUUGUUGAUGACGGCUCUCAAAGAAGAUAUUCAUUGACUAAGGUGGGAAAAACCCUAGUGACGGACGAGAAUGGCUUAUCUCAUGGCUCGUACGUGCUCCAGCACCAUCAGGACGCGUUAAUGAGGGCGUGGACGAUGGUUCAUGAGGCGGUUAAUGAUUCAUCGAUAGAGCCAUUUGCAAAGGCAAAUGGUGAGCCAGCUUAUAAUUACUAUGGAAAAAACUCAGAGAUGAAUAGCCUUAUGUUGAAUGCAAUGUCUGGAGUUUCUGUGCCAUUUAUGAAGGCAAUUUUACAAGGAUAUGAUGGGUUUCAAGGUGUAAAAACACUUGUUGAUGUUGGAGGAAGUGGUGGAGAUUGCUUGAAAAUGAUUUUAGAAAAACAUACAAAUAUUGAACUUGGAAUCAACUUUGAUUUGCCUGAGGUGGUUGAAAAAGCCCCAAAAAUUCCUAGUAUAAAGCACGUUGGUGGUGACAUGUUUGAUUAUAUACCAAAGGGGGAUGCUAUUUUCAUGAAGUGGGUGCUAACAACAUGGACAGAUGAUGAAUGUAAGGAAAUAAUGAAGAGUUGUUACAAUGCACUUCCAGAGAAAGGCAAAUUUAUUGCUUGUGAGCCAGUUUUGCCUCAUCAUACUGAUGAUAGCAAGAGAACUAGAGCACUUCUUGAAGGUGACAUUUUUGUCAUGACUAUUUACCGUGCCAAGGGCAAGCACCGUACUGAGGAAGAAUACCGGCAGCUCGGUCGAGCUGCCGGUUUCAACGAUUGCAAGGGUUUUUAUAUCGAUCAUUUUUUUACGAUUCUUGAAUUUCACAAGUCAUGAAUGUAAUUGUGAGUGGUAUGAACGUAGUUUUGUUUUAAUAUUAAAAUAAAUGUAUGGUGUUGUAGUCGUAGAAUAGAACUACGUACAUUUUCUUGCUUUGUAUAAGAAUGAAAGACUGAAACAUUUUAUUUAUCGAUGAAAAAUCUUUGUGAAAGGAUAAA